AUGGGGUCCAUAAGACUCAGCAGUUUUUUAGUAACUUUAAUGUGCACAGCCACUCUUUUAUUUUUCGCUUCUCCCAUACGAUGUACGCAUGCCGCCGACGUGGUACGGGUAGCCGUACCGCACGACGCAUAUCCAGGAUAUGGCAUUACUAAGUUACAGUACUGGGGCCAGGCUUUUAGCCUUUUGGAAAAUGAGUUUUCGUGCCUGUUUGCCGUCAUGAGCGAUGGACUGUUGAUGCCGACGAUGGAUCUCAGCCACCUAGUCAACUCACCUCCGCUCACGCUGGUCGUCAAAGAAGAAGCUCAAAAUGGCACUAAGGAACAAAUGGUCGUGGUUCACGUCGUAGACCGGAACCGCUUGGUCAGAUUUUCUCAAGACAGCUACAGUGGAUCGGUUGCAGAAAACGAACCGGUCGGCACGUUAGUAGAAGGCCUCGACAGGUUGUUUGCGACGUCCGAUCCUCACCAUCCCAUCGUGUACACCUUCGUUUCCGGAAACGAAGAAGAUGCGUUUAGCAUCGUUCAGCCAGUCAACAAUCUUUCCACCUCCAUCGUGAUCCGUACCAACCGUAUCUUGGAUCGUGAACAACAAGAAGUUUACGAACUAGUCAUUCGGGCCACGGACGUGGAGGAAUCGAACAGCGCCGACGCUCAACUCACCAUCAGUGUGGAAAACAUGAACGACAAUGCUCCAGUACCGGACAGGACCGUCUAUGAAUUUCGCAUUCCGGAAGACCUCGAGGUGUACUCAAUUGUGGGUAACGUGACGGCGUUCGACGCCGACGGCGACAAACCGGUGUACCAUCUCGUGUCGCGACAUCCAGUGUUUGCCAUCAUUCCCAAAACAGGGCAGCUGCUUCUGAUCGCUACUCCGGAAUUGAAGACGUACAAGCUCAGCAUCCGCACACAGGAUACAGCCAAGCCUCCCAGGAUUAGUGCUCCAUUUUCUGUGUACAUCGAGGUGUACAGUGAAGAAUUGCUUCUGGAAGACGAAGUUCCUCAUCCUCCCAACGACAACAAUUCCCUGGAGACUAACGAGAUUUUGCUCAACAGGCAGAAGAGGAGUGUACGACCUACCAAAAGUUACGAGUACAAAGAAACGGACGGCAGCAAGCCGGGAAAAGUUAUGUUUCAAUUGGAUAAGAAACACCCGCAGGAGAUGUACAAAAUCGAAAAUCCCAUUAAGUGGGUGGAAGUGGAGGCUUCUGGUGAUGUGAAAGUGAAGGAACCGUGGGACUACGAACAACUAGGAAAGGAAAAGACGAUUGACUUUUGGGUUUUUGUCACAGGACCCAAUAUAAAAGAUAAAAGGAUAUUGUAG